CCUAAACUAAAAACCCAAAUCGAACCACUAAUGGUGGCCAUAUGCUCGGGACUCCGCUCCUACUCCAUUACCGCCGCCGCGCAUAUAUACCUCUCGGCCUCCUCUGCCUGUGCUCGCGCUCCAGCCACCGGGUCUCGGCGCAGCAUUAGCAAGGCAUCGUUGUACUCAAAGGUGAUGGCUUCUGAUCAUGCCUCUGAAGCAUUGCCUUCAGGGAUGGAUCCUUCCAUGCUGGAUGAGUACGCUUCCCAAUCCAAGUUGUUGCAAGAAUUCUUCAAGAUACCCAGUAUUGGCAAGGCCUGGAUCUUCAAUUCCAAAAAUGAAAACACAUCCAGGGCAAUGGUUUCUAUUGGCCAGUCAGAUCUCUUGGCCAACAAAAAGAGAAACUUCCUUCUAAGUUCUCACAUCUCCAAAAGUGGCUCAAAGUCAGUGAGUUUCCAGUGGUCUCCCUUCCCGAUUGAAAUGAGUGGAGUGUCAGCAGUCGUUCCAUCGCCAUCUGGGGAAAAGCUUCUGCUAGUACGGAAUGCUGAGGAUGACUCUCCUACAAAAUUAGAGAUUUGGGGCCCCUGCCAGUUGGAGAAUGAGAUACAUAUUGCGCAAUCUGUUCAUGGAUCACUGUACACCGAUGGAUGGUUUGAAGGGAUUUCAUGGAAUCAGGAAGAGACUCUUAUAGCUUAUAUCGCUGAGGAACCUCCUCAGCCAAAGCCAGAGUUCAAUGAUUCAGGUUACAGGAAGGAAGGUUUGUCUCAAAAGGACUGCAAAAGCUGGAAGGGGCAAGGGGAUUGGGAAGAAGACUGGGGAGAAACCUAUAGUAAGAAAAGGAUACCUGCUUUGUUCGUUGCUAACAUCUCUAGCGGUGAAGUACGAGUUGUGAAGGGCAUAACUAGAUCAUUAAGUGUUGGUCAGGUGAUUUGGGCUCCAUCAUCUUCAGAUAAUUUGGUUUUUGUGGCAUGGUCAGAUGAUAAUUGUUUCCAAGAGAGACCAAGAAAACUUGGUAUCAAGUACUGCUAUAACAGACCUUGUGCUCUGUAUGCUGCUCCUGAUCCUUUCAAAGAAGAUGCUGACAAACCAUCAAUUGACUCCAAUAAGGGCGAUGCUACAGCUAUGGUCAAGUUAACAGCAGAGUUGAGCAGCGCUUUUUUCCCACGGUUCAGCCCUGAUGGAAAGUAUCUCGUGUUCAUCUCAGCGAAGAGUGCUGUGGAUAGUGGAGCACACAAUGCCACUAAUUCAAUGCAUAAAAUUGACUGGCCUGCUGAUGGGAAAGUAGAGGGGAGCUUUAGUGUUGAUGAUGUGGUACCCAUUAUAGCGAGCCCUCAACUUGGAGGUUUCCCUGGGAUCUACUGUUCUGGCUUACUUAGGUUUCCAUGGCUUUCUGAUGGACGGACUAUGAUUUUAUCUUCAGUUUGGGGAAGCAAAGAAGCUGUACUUUCUGUCAAUGUUGUGAGUGGCGAAGUAUCAAGAGUUAGCCCGCAGGAUUCAGAUUAUUCAUGGAAUGUUCUCGCACUUGACAAUAAUAACAUUCUUGCAGUUUCAAGCAGCCUCGUUACACCGCCUCAAAUGUACUAUGGAUUUGAAGCUUCUCACACUGACAAGUCAUGCCACUGGGACUGGCAGGAAAUUCCAUCUCCAUUUCCAAAGCCAUCUGAUAAGGUCAGCUCCUUGUUAGCGAAUCAUAAGUUUAGUGUACUCAAAAUUCCAAUCAGCAACGCUUCUGACAAACUUCCAGACGGUGCUAAGUUGCCCUUUGAGGCUAUGUUUGUGUCUUGCAAGGAUUCAGCAAGUAGUCCAACCAUUGUUGUUCUACAUGGUGGCCCUCACUCAGUUUAUCCAUCAAGCUAUUCAAAAUCCUUGGCGUUUCUUCAUGCACAGGGUUAUAACCUGCUUGUUGUAAAUUACAGGGGCUCAUUGGGGUUUGGAGAAGAAGCAUUGCAAUCUCUUCCUGGCAAUAUUGGUUCUCAGGAUGUGAAUGAUGUGUUGACGGCUUUGGAGUUCGUCAUAAAGAAAGGACUAAUCGAUGCAUCUAGAGUAGCCGUAGUUGGAGGUUCCCAUGGAGGUUUCUUGACAACACAUUUGAUCGGCCAGGCUCCAGAAACAUUUGUUGCAGCCGCUGCUCGAAAUCCAGUAUGUAACUUAUCAUUGAUGGUCGGUACCACUGAUAUCCCUGAAUGGUGCUUUCUGGAGAUUUAUGGAAAGGAAGCGAAAAACUGCUUUACUGAAUCUCCUUCAGCUGACAUUCUUACUCAGUUUUACCAGAAAUCACCAGUAUCACAUAUUUCUAAGGUUAAGACACCAACACUCUUUCUCCUCGGAGCAAAGGAUCUCAGAGUUCCUGUUUCUAAUGGUCUACAGUUUGCAAGGAGUUUGAAGGAGAGAGGAGUUGAAACCAAAACUAUUGUCUUCCCAGAAGAUAUGCAUGGACUCGACAAGCCACGGUCUGAUUACGAGAGUUUUCUCAACAUAGGGGUUUGGUUCAAGAAGUACACUAGCAAAUAAGCAUUGGGCUUCUCAUACCACUGUGAUGUCCUUGUAUUUUUCAUUCUGGUGAAUAAUUGAUUAUAAGUUGGGUCAAAGCAACCUCAUGGAAAUAUUGUUCACUUGGCAACUCUCAUAAAUAACGCAUGGCGUGUUGCUGUACUA